AUGAGAAACGUAGUGCGUUCAGUGAAAGUUGGUUUCAUUCGAAGAGGUUCAAUACCUACGGGAAGAAACGAAAGUGAAACGUCGUCCGAUCUUGAGCUGCAGUCACAACACCAGGCAACGAACAAUCAGCGUUUUGAAAAACGAAUAAGUCAAAGUGCUCGUUAUCAAGCUGAAGUUCACGAAGAAAAACCGCCUUUGAAAUUUGGAACAACUAAAGCUGUUCGAUUACACCAUGUAGAAGAACCAAAUAAUGGCCAUCAGCCACAUUCAAACAUGUCGAAUUCAACAAUGCCUUCAUCAUUUUCCCAGCAGAAAAAUUAUAACACAACGGCUGUUGAACAUUCAGAUGUAGGAAAAAGCAGUCUGAAUGAAAUAGCAACAACAUCAAAGUGGUCAACGAGAAAGAAAGUUUUAGUGGGUAGCAUGGUAGGUGUAUCGAUUGCGGCUGUUAUCACCGUUACAAUUGUUCUCAGUAUUUUACUUACGAAAUCAACAGGAUCAACAUCUACAACCACUGCAUCCUCUGUAGUAGUUAGUGCAUAUUGGACUUUUGAUACUACGGUAGUAGAUUCAUACGGUGUCUAUAAUGGCCAAUUAGUGAAUGGUACGCUAUAUACUUCUGCAUCUGCAACUAACAUGCCAUAUGUUGGAGUUGGUCAAGCACUUGAUCUAACGGCAACACUAUUCAAUUCAUUCAUGGUUUCAUCUCCAUUUUUUGAUUUAAGUAACACAAGUUUCACCAUUGAAGCUUGGAUCUAUAUCAAGGCGUCUAGCAGUGAUCGUGGGAUAUUCGGUCAAUGUUCAUGUUCAACCUGUGCAUAUCAGUGUUUGUAUUUGAUUAUUAGAAAUAAUCGUUUAUAUAUUGAUUUCACUUCAAAUCAUUUGUCUGGCUCAACGAUCUUAUACAAUAGUACUUGGUAUCAUAUUGCAUUUGUUUACAAUUAUGGAACACAACAGCAAAUCUUAUAUGUUAAUGGUGUUGUAGAUGCAAUUAAGUCAAAUGCACAACCAUAUCAAGGACAAAAUGGAAUGGUUAUAUCGACAAUCUAUUGUUAA